GGAUGAAUGAUCCAAUCAUGAAACACAAACAAUAUAAUUAAUCAACAACGGAACAAUACAGCACAAUGAUUAUUAACACAUUUUUAUAUUUUAACACAGAUACGCAGAAAAAAAAAUUCUUUUUUUUAAAAGGGACAAAACAUACCUUAGAAUAUUGACAUGUCCCAAAUGAUGUAUAUUGCUCAAGCAUGCUGUCUAGGGCAUGCCGACUUUGUAUUAUCGCUUUUUACCCACCCAUUUCUCUUCUAUUUUAAAAAUUUAUCAAAAUACUUUAUAUUUAUUUUCGCCUUAAUUUGACCAAACUGAAAUUGUUAUAUAGUUUAGUUCAUUUUAGAUUUCAUAUGUUUCCUAAGGGCGUAGUAAUUUUAUUUUAAGUGUCAUUUUUGCCAACAAUUGACUUUUUAAUGCUGAGUAAUGCUGGUUAGAUCAUUUCUAGUAGAACACAAAAAAUUUCUCCAUAUUUCACAUUAAAAUUGAGUAACUCUAUUAUAGAAUUGAAUUUUUAUUCCAAUGGUUCAUUCUAUAAGGGUAUCUCCAAUAAAACACAAAAAAUUCUUCUAUAUUUCACACUAAAAUAGAAUAAUUCUAUUAUAGAGUUGAAUUUGAUCCAAUAGUUCAGUACUAUAUAAUAGAGUUACUUUAUAUCAGUGUAAAAUAUAAAAGAAAAUUUUAUGUUUUAUUGGGGAUGUCUUUAAUACAAAAUAAUGGAUUUUAGCUUGUAGUACUAGGCUACUAGCUACAAUUUUUUUGUGUAUUAGCGUUGUAAUAUAAAAUGCAAAUACCCAAAACAUUCAAACAUUUACGAGACAAUGGAGUAAAUAUUUUGUAUAGUCCACCACGUCACGUUAAACAUUAAAGGCUAUGAAUCGAUCGCUCAACUCAGUAGACACACAACAUUCUCAAAAUUUUCACGUUUCGAGUUUAGGUAUUCGUGAGUUCUUAGCAGAAUAAACACAGGACACUUGUAUGAUGGAUGUACCACAAAAUAACUUUAUAAACAAAAAUGAUGUUGUUAGGCCAUACCAUGCCUCGGGUUAUAUGUUAUGAUUUCACUAGACGAUUGGUACUUACUAACUUUUAGUGAAAGUCAAACUAUUGCUUUAGUCUGAUUUUUUUUUUUUUUAAUGUUGAAGUUUAUAUCUCAGAGUAUGGAAUACAAUAAGAAAAAGAGUAGGAUACAUAAAUCUACAAACACUUCGGAAACUCGUGUUUAAUUUAAUUUUUCAUCUCUAACUAUAACACCAAAUUCUAUAAAGAAUAUAAGAUUUUAAAUAUUAUUAAUAUUUAUUCUUAAUAAUUUUAAUAUAUUCAUUAUUUGUAAUUGACUACUAACCUUUUUAUCACAUUUAUAUCUUAUGUUUAGUUGUAAGAAUUUUCUAUAUUUUCACUGUUUAUUAAAAAUAUAAUUUAGUUAAUUUACAUAGUAAUUUAUUUAUUUAUGUAAAAUAUUAGUUGACAUUAAAAUUUUGCACAUUUAAAAAUGAAAGUACAUAAUAAUAAAUGAUCUUUAUUUUGUUAGAUUUGAUGUAAUUGAUUAUAUUUAUUUAGUUAUAGUAUUAUUUAUAUAUAAAAUAAUAUUUUAAUGUUUAAAAUGUGAAAAAUUAAAUAUACAAAAUAAUAUGAUAUUUUUCUUUGACUAUAAUUGAAAAUAAAAAUAUAUAUUAUUUUAUAUUUAGUGUGAUAAAUAGAGUUAUGUCAAAUUUAAUUGUAACCCUAUUUAUAAAACACUAAAUUUGAUGUAUUGGUAUAAUUUUGGAGUUCCACCGAAAAUAGAAACAACACCAAAUAUGGACUCUCACUGGCGUUGGUCUAAUAUUACAAAAUGAUCCACACAUAAAAAUGAAACACAAGGGAAGGUUAAUGAAUUCGAGCUCCAAUUGAAACACACCAAAACACAAACGAACCAAAGCUGCUGCUCCAAGGGAACCCCUUGGUUUGAAAUUUGGAUAUUGCUCUAGUAUUUAUUCUACCGUGUAACCUAAGAAUGACUUUUUUUUGGUAUCUCAAACCUAUGGAGAAAUACAACUGAUCCUCAAAGAGGUGGUGCAACCCACAUAUGAAUAGAUCGUAAGAUAGACCUAUAUCCGUUUGGCACAAAUUGAAGUGUAGUAGGAUGCCUUUGAACCCGAAUUGUUUAGCACCUUGGAAUGCGCCUACCACUACACCACUACUUUAUAGUUAGAAUGAGUUUUAUUUAGCCAUGUUUAUAUGUAAGCAAAUAUUUUAUUCAAAGUUACCAAGUUACCAAUAAUGAUCUUAUUCUUGGAUCCAUAGAAUAAAGUAUAGAUAAUGUUAGCAAAUAUGAAAAAAAAAACUGUUAGCAAAAUGUUAGAUAAUGACAUUUAAAUGUCAAACUGAAAAGGACAAAGCAUGCACACAGUUAAUCAUUAUACGUACAUCUAUUACUCAAACCUUUUGAUCUAAAAUUCGUCGUGUGGGCUAUUUAAUUAUUUGAACUUCGGCUCGAAUGUUUUAUCAGGGGUUAGUUUAGAGGAAACUACUAGCCAUGACGUGCUCAUCCCUAAAAUCAAGGAUGCUUACUAUUCCAAAAAACCACAUACAUAUAGUUGCAAAUAUACAUAUAUGAUGAUGUUUUAUCAGUUUAAUUAUACAUAUACAUAUAUUAUAUGAUGUUUUAUCAGUUUAAUUAUAUAUAUACAUAUAUUACAUAUAUAUGAUAUAUGUAUGUGUUUAUAUGGAUACUAAAAUGUAAGAAGUUGACAAAAGAAUUAAUACGGACUUAAGAACAAACGGCAGACACAUGAGUUCAUUCAUCUCCACGUAUAUAUUCCUCUUGUACUCAAUGUUUUUGUUAAUUCCCUUGUAUUUAUCAUUACUCCAUCUUUAGUUUUUGGCUUUUUAUAUAUUUCCCUCUUAUAAUCGUUUGGAUUUUUCUGUUUAUUUGUGCAAUAAUGUUUCUGUUUUUAUGUAAAUAUGCUUGGGCGGUUCAAGACACUGACGUGCAUGUUAGUAUACAAAUCAGCCAUACAAAAUGUCUGGAACCGAUUUAUUUAUGGAAAAUGUCAUCUUCUCAUGAUCAAAUAGUUCCCAGUAAUCAAUUAGUGUUUGGUCUAUUGGUGUAGUCGUGUAGACAUGGUCUCUAUAAAAAAUUAAUAAGUCAUGUUCCCUCGGGCUCGAGUGCUAUUGUUAUACCUAUUAUCUUGCCGCCACAAUGCAUUCGAAAGAUAAAUAGACAUAUAGACCUUGGCGGUACUCACAGCCAUUACCUUUGCUCUGAAACAAGGAAUCAACUCCAUCUCACUCUUCUCUGACUCUGAAGUCCUGAUCAACAUCAUAAACCGACAUGAGAUGAAGCUGGAGGUCUAUGGAAUCCUUCGGGACAUUUACUUUUGAUCCCUCUCAUUUAAGACAAUCAAGUUUAUUUUUAUUCCUAAAACAGCUAAUGUUAGAGCUGACUCUGUAGCUAAACAUGCUCUAUGGACCCUGAACCAAGUUUAAUUUAUGAAUGAAAUCAGUUUGCACAAAAACAAAAGACAUAACAGGUAGUAUAAUUUGUUUUUGUGAACAUGAAAACUUAGUACAGUUUCAGUUUUUUUUUUUUUUUUUUAAUUUUUCCUGGGCUCUACCAAAUUCAAAAGAAAAAACGAAAGUAAAAAACAACCCUAAGGUGCUUUCUUGAUCAUGCCCUUUCUCUUUUUCCUUUAUUUCCCUAACUUUUUUUUUUGAAAACAAUUUCCCUAUUUUUUUUAGCGAUUAAUUAUUCGUUUGCUACGAUCUCCUCUAUGUAAUUUCCCUAAUUUCGUUUAGUAGUUCAUAAUCCCCAUGCUAGUUAAUAACCAGAGUUAUUAAAAUAAAUGUUUUAUUAUAUUUUCACACUAAAGUAAAUAAACAACCCGUAAACUUUGCCCAAAUUUGAGGAUAUGAUAUCCAUAAUCAUGGAAAUAAUUAAGAUAAAAUAAUAAUAAUAAACCAUUCAUUAAGGAUGAAAUUUAAUUUGAAAAAGAAAAUUGGUGGGACAUUUAAAAAGAGGAAGAAAAAUAAAAAGAAAAGCAAAAAAAAUAAAUAGAAAACGUAAAGCUAAAGCAAACAAGCAUAUAGCUAAGCGUCGCUACACUUUCAAAACCUCUCAUCAGUCUCUCAUCAAAAUCCGAGAAAAAAACAAAAAGAAAAAGUUCAAAGAAACUCUAAUCUAAAGAUCCGAUCGUCGUCAUCUUCACUUCUCUGGAUCUUCGCCUUUUGUUUUGUCACUUUUGCUUUAUGUUCUGUUUCUAUAUCUCGCCCUAAAUGAAAGACAGAGGAAAGAGAACUGCAAUGGAGAGAAGAAGAAACGACGACGUCUCGCUUUACUACAGCUCACCGUCGGAACUCUCUUGUCGGAAACAUCCAUCUGUUUCCGCUGUCGGAAUAUGUCCGUACUGUCUGAACGACCGUUUAGUUAACCUCGUAUGUUCCGAAUGCGGCGAACAGAGACUCUCUUCUUGCUCUUGCUCAGAUAUCUCCUCUAACCGAACUUCAAACGCCGCCGUAGACGCCGGGAACUUCCUCCGGAUCGCUUCGCUCAUCGACGAAGAGGCGACGAAACAGAGGAAGCCGAAGAGAACAGAGGAAGUUGUGGUGUUCAAGAGGAGUAGUAGCAGCUGCGUUGAGAUCAACAAGACGAAGCAUCAUCAUAGAUUCUCGAGACUCGGGAGGUUCUUCAGGAGGAUUAAUCCGAGAAAGGACAGAGCUUUCGAUGACAACAACGACAACGAUUCUUGGGUUUUGAAACAGAGUGUUUCGAGAUCGAGAUCGCUUUGUAGCUUCCGAGGAGGAAACGGGUACUUUAUCGGGUCGGAGGAAGACGUGUCGUCUUACUCCGGCGCGAGGAGCUCGUUCUCCGCCGCGAGAAGCUCGAGCGUCAACGGCGGUUCAGGGGUUUUUGAUGCGACGAUAACAGAGCAUCGGAGGAGUAACUUCGAAGGGAGGAGGAGUAACUUCAGCGAGACGACGGAGCAUCGGAGGAGCAAUUUCAGUGAAUCGGAGCCGCCGCGGAGGAGCUGUUUCGAGGCGAGGAAGAGUAACUUCAGUGAAACAGAGUAUCCGAGGAAGAGUAACUUCAGCGAAACAGAGUAUAAACAGAGUAUCAAUAAUCAUCCACGUAGGAGCAAUUACGAGGCGGCGCCAAGGAAGAGUGACUCGUCGGCGAUGAGUUUCACGAGAAGGGUUUUGUCGAUGAAAGAGAGUUACUUUACCGGAGGAGAAGAGCCUGGUUUUAUAGAUCUCAAGUUCGAUUCCUCUGGAGGAGGGGAAGUGGUGGUGAACGACGGCGUUUUGGAGCAUGGAGGAGGAGGAGGGUCUUGCCGGUUAACGAAGAAGGAUAGAGAGGUGAGUAAGAGUCGAAGAAGUUUCAAAGGAUGGAAAUGGAUAUUCGGACAUCAUCAUCAAAGAGAUUCAUGAUGAUGCCGAUGGAGAUUGAAGGUAACAUUUGAACUGUUUGAGUGAUCCGAUGCAAAUCAUAGUAAUAAAGGCUUUAAAUUUUGUUUUCUCUAAUGAUUUAUCACUUUGUUUUGUUGAAUAUAUAUAUAUCGACGCAUCGGACUUCAAGUUUUGUGAUUUGAAAUGAUAAGAGAUGUGAUUAUGAGUGUACACAACUUAACUGGUUUUAACCAAAGUCUCAUUUGUAAACUGGUAACCUUAGAGUUCUAAUGUAUUUUAUUGGUCACUUUAAUUCAAUACAUGUGAAGGUUGAUUAG